UCAAAAGCAGCCCCACCUCCCGCACUCCUCCCAGCCUCCCCUCCCCUCCCCUUCUCUGGUCCUCUCUACCGUCUCGUCUGUACCAAAACACCAUGCCUGCCGGAAGAGAAGCACCCGAAGAGCCGCCCUUCCCGUGGCGUAGCGACAUGCUCGAGGGCAAGACGGCCAUUGUCACGGGAGGAAGCGCGGGAAUCGGCGCCGCGAUCACAAUUGCGUUGCUCCAGGCUGGGGCUUCCGUGGCGGUGCUUGCGAGGAGCCGCUCCAAGUACGACAAGCUCGUCCCCGUCCUGGAGGAGAGGAAGCUUCCGGUCGACAAGACCACCUUCAUCUCCAUCGACCUGUCGACCACGGAUGGCAUCCGGAAGGCGACCGUGGAGGCCAACGAGUGGGCCGGCGGCUGUGCGGAUAUCCUGGUCAACAACGCUGGCGUGGCCAGUAUCGCGCCAAUCCUUGAGGCAUCCGUGGAAGACUGGGACUGGACCAUGAACGUGAACGUCAGGGCACCCUUCAUCAUGUCCCAGGAGUGUGCCAAGAGGAUGAUCGCGCGCGGGAAGGGAGGAAAGAUCGUCAGCGUCUCGAGCACGGCGGCCCUCUUCGCACUGCACGACCACGCGGCGUACUGCACCAGCAAGGCCGCCAUCAACGGCCUCACUAGGGUGAUGAGCGCGGAGUGGUCCAAGCACGACAUCAAUUGCAACACCGUCGGCCCCACCAUCGUCUUGACCGACAUGGGCGCCAAGGCGUGGGGCGAACCGGAGAAGGGCGACCCCAUGAUCGACCGCACCCCCCUCGGCCGUUUCGCGGAGCCCUGGGAGAUGGCACACGGCGUGGUGUACCUUGUCAGCCCGUCCUCCAGCCAAAUGUGCGGGCAGAUGCUCCUCCUCGACGGUGGCAUCACCACCACCGGAACUCCCUGCGGAACGUAAUCGCCCAAACCGACGGUGUCGAUAUCAGAAGAAGGGGUCGUGCCGCUUAGAUGUGUCUUAUUAACGUGUGGUGGUACAUGGGUGCUUAUUUUGUCUCACAGCGGUGUUGAAUACAAAUGCGCUCGCUGUUGACGUGUGUACAUCAACCAUCUCUGUCGUGGUCACUGCGGUGCCAUCGUGUAGCCUGAGGUGCGUUGGGUGUUUCCCUUGCGUGUGAAACAUUAGGAACUUGACGUAUCGUGUGUUUGGCAUGCGCUCUAGGCGUCGCUUGUGUGUUUGCAGAUUGCUCAUUUGCCGGCUGGUGUGUACGUGCCCAUCAGGGGUAGAUGGUAGGACAGGAGCGAGCGGAACAAUAUCCUCCGAAAGGUGUUGAAACGACUCAGGUUGCAAAACGAUCUACUGCUCUAGGCCGUGUGGUGAUGAACUUGAGCUCACCCCCGUACCAGGGCCACAUGAUAUCGAUCUUCCUUUUUCGUUUCGGCGUUGUUCCUGACGUGGCGGCGGUUUUUCGGCGUGACACCAAGGACGACUUCUCCCUUCGCAUUGGAUCUGGACGGCAUGUAUUGAGGCGGAGUUCGACGUUCAGAUCGUUCUCUCUUUAUUUGCUGUCGCGUAUCUCUCGAUGGUCGAGAUGAAUACCCAAAUGCCAGUGGUCGUGAAAUGGAAGAACCAAGACGUGUUCACAAGCUCAGCUAGUAGUGUGAUACCGACCGUGAGAGUGCUGAGCCGUGUUCGACCGUGCAAGGAGCGAGAUCCGUGCAAAGCCCGAUACACAAUGUACAGAAGCACUUGGAUGAAGCGUGGUCGUAGAUGACGAGGAAGAGGUUUACUUCGUCCGUCGUAUAAAACACAAGAGCACAUGAACGAACAGUCUAAUUCAACGC